AUGAUAAUGGAAAUCGAACUGAUGCAAGAAAAAUUGAAACAGUUGGAAAAAAAGGAUGCCGAGCAAAAAUUUUCCUAUUUUGAGGAAUUGGGUGGCGCUGCCGUGGAUGUGAACUCGGAAGUGAGUAAGCCAAGUUCUUCGACGCAGAGGUCCGUAACCAGCGAAAACCAGCAUGCAGCUGUUGUUACUCAACGAAGGCAUUCUGUUCUUGUUUCGGAGUUAAAGGCUUCUUUUUCUCUGUUGUUUUUUUUCGAAUUCUUCACACUUGUGCCAAACUCGAACGUGUAA